AUGUAUCAAAAUUCUGGUAAGGGAACUGAAAAGGUAAACGAACCAACCAAUGAUGGAAAAGAAGACGAAAGAGGAAAGGCAAAAGAUAAAGAACCACCUUAUGUGCCUCCGCCACCAUACAAACCACUUAUCCCUUAUCCCCAAAGACUUGGGAAGUCCAAAAAUGAAGGACAAUUCAAGAAAUUCAUGGAAAUUCUAAAGCAACUUAAUAUCUCUAUACCAUUCACAGAAGCCAUUACGCAAAUUCCAUCAUAUUCUAAAUUCCUUAAAGAGAUCCUAUCCAACAAGAAAAAGCUUAAGGAUAACAAAACCGUUAUGCUUACUGCCGAGUGUAGCGCUAUUAUUCAAAACAACAUGUGUCCUAAAUUGAAAGACCCGUGUAGCUUUUCCAUACCAUGUGUAAUCAGAAAGUUUAUCAUAGACAAAGCUAUAUGCGAUUUAGGAGCCAAUAUUAGUCUAAUUCCCUUAUCCACAUGCGAAAAACUCAAUCUAGGAGAAUUAAGACCAAUAAAGAUGUCUCUACAACUAGCUGACCGUUCUGUUAAAUUUUCCAUAGGUAUGCUAGAGAACGUUCCCGUUCGUAUAGGACAAUUUUAUAUUCCUACAAACUUUAUAAUAAUGGAUAUAAAGGAGGACUCCCACAUCCCUAUUAUUUUAGGAAGACCCUUUAUAGCCACAGCCGGAGCCAUCAUAGAUGUGAAGAAAGGUAAGCUCACAUUCGAUGUUGGAGAAGAAAAAGUUGAAUUUCUCUUAGCUAAAUUCCUACAAGCACCAGUUAUAGACAAAUCAUGUUGUUUCUUAGACGUCAUUAACGAUUGUGUGAAAGAAAUGGAGAAGGAACCAUCUAAGUAUACUGAAGUAUUGAAGAUUCCAACACCUUCUAUAUUCGAAGACGAUAAUUAA